UUGGGAACGCCCCCUUCUACCUCGUUGUCUUCGAGCUCUGCUGCUGAAGUUAGUUAUGUUGAUCGCUGGUGUUGUUAUUGCGGCUACAAUCCUUUUCUCUCGUUGUGUGUCCUCUCCGGCUCCGUCAUUAGAAGUGGUCGAAGUGAGGCAUCAACAAGAUGCCACCCUUGAAUGUCGGGGUCCCAGAGAUGCAGAGAUCACCCGGAUAGAGUGGAUCAGACCUGAGCUCAGGUCCAAUGGUUACGUGUUCUUCUACAGAAACAAGCGUCCAUAUGAGAAAUACCAGCAUGAGUCCUUUAAAGGCCGAGUGGAGCUGAGAGAUCCAAACAUGAAGGACGGAGACGUUUCUGUGAUUCUCAGGAACGUCAGCAUCAGUGAUACAGGAACGUAUGAGUGUCGCGUCAGAUCAAGGAACUCAGGGAACUUCAAGCACUCAAAGUCACCUCAAAGUCACAGCCUCAGGUUUCGUGGAGAAAGCCACCAAGAAUGAAGGAGACAACACGAGGUUUCUUUCACUAGUAACCGGUGUGCCAGUUGCUGUUUUGCUUCUUGUUCCUGUCGUUGUUGUUUUUGGUGUAUUCAUGUACAGAAAACUAAAAAAAAAAAUAGCAAAUGUUCUGAAAUGCAAGUCAAAUCCUUCACCUUCUUCCUAUUAAGUGAUUGUGGGUCCUGCUGUCCCACAGAGAAGAUAUAUUUGAAUAAGGUCUGAUUCCAUUGGUUAGCGCUGCCACCUUGUGGCAGCAAAGGUGAGGUGCAGCUGGCCAGUCAGCUGAUCUCAGGUUUCAGAUUCUCUCAUCCAGCAUUAAGUGAGAUAAAUAAAAAAAUUAAAUAUAAGAUCAGUUUAGGGCAAGAAUUAGUGCGGGCACAGCUGUGGGCUAAUGAAUGCACAUUAUUAAGCACUUGAAGCCCCUCAUUACCUUGGCAGCUGGUCAGUUUGUCCCCUUCCCUGAUAUCUGGUGCUGCUUCUCAGUUUAUUACUGAGGUCACUGUGUUGUAACACAGAGGGUGCUGUGGAUCCACAGUGGCAUUAACAGAGGACACUUUGCUGUAACUCUUCAUAUUACAGCCCAUGACUAAGGUAGUAAGGAACCUGUAAUUACAUGUAAGCAGUAGUCGUGGGCUGUGAUGAAGUUUUACCCAUGUUGCUGAUAUUAGGAGUGAAAAGGAAACGAAACCUGUGAAAUUUUUUUUUCUAUUUGCAUAUUUUAUAUUUUUGUAUGUGUAUAAAAUCACUACCAAUGGAAAGAAGAUUUCAUCAGAGUGUAAAAUAUAACUACGCAGUAUUUUUAAACAAUAUCUAAAAUUUUAAGUGUAGUUUUUGUCUUCAGUGUAAAUAUUUUCCAGCAUUCCUUUGUCAUCUUUUAAUUUAUGUACUGUGCACAUCGUGUUAGUACAAACUCUAG